UCGUAGCCAAAUGAUUGAACCAGUCGACAUUUGUAAUAAUUUGCAACGUAAUAUUGCCAAUUUUGAAUCCCUCCUGAGGUGUAAAUAACAUUGGCAAGACAACGACCAGUUUGACGAGACGAGAAUACCAGGAGAUUAUUAAAUUGUAGUUUUGGGUACGCACAAUAUACCUCCCAAAUGAUCCGGUAAGCCACAUUUCUUAUCAGAUCGGUUAAAAAAACAAUCCAAACAAUGUCGGAAGGCACAAGAUUGUACACGGUACUGGGAGUGGCAUCCUGCAUUGUGGUUCUCUACUUGAAUUUUGGGAAUGUUCACUUUGGUCCACUUUGGCAGCCAUAUAUGAGCUUUGUGGGAAGGAAUGGAUCUCAGUUUGUGGUGGAUGGGAAGGCUAUGUAUAUUAAUGGGUGGAAUUCAUACUGGUUGAUGGACCAGAGUGUGGGCGAAUGGACCAGGCACAGAACUAAAACUAUUCUCAAGCGAGGGGCUCAGAUGGGUCUCAAUGUGGUACGAACCUGGGCCUUCAAUGAUGGAGGAUACAACGCUCUUCAAAUAUCUCCAGGGGUUUUUGAUGAAAGAGUUUUUAGGGCAUUAGAUUUUGUCAUUGUGGAAGCAAGAAGAAAUGGACUUAGGUUGAUUUUCAGUCUUGUUAAUAAUCUCAAUGCGUAUGGUGGGAAGGAACAGUAUGUACAAUGGGCUUAUGUAGCAGGAGUUGAUGUACGAUCCACAAAUGACUCUUUUUUUGAUGAUCCCACUAUUCGAGGAUACUACAAGGACUAUGUCAAGAAAAUUUUGACAAGGAAAAAUAGUCUCAGUGGAGUUGAGUACCGAAAUGAGCCAGCGAUAUUUGCGUGGGAGCUUAUUAAUGAACCUCGCUGUAUGUCAGAUCCUUCUGGUCGUAGCCUCCAGGCAUGGAUUGAGGAAAUGGCAAAGUUUGUAAAGUCAUUGGAUAACAAGCAUCUUCUCACUAUUGGACUGGAAGGCUUCUAUGGGCAGAUUACACCCGAUAAAUUUGAAGUGAAUCCUGGAUAUUGGGCUGCAUCACUUGGUUCAGAUUUUAUUAAUAAUUCACAAGUUGAAGAGAUUGAUUUUGCUUCUGUCCAUGCUUACCCUGACAGUUGGAUUCCUGAUGUGGAACUAGAGGAUCAUAUCAAAUAUAUGUCUAAAUGGGCAACUUCCCAUAUUGAUGACGGAGAACACACUCUUAAGAAACCAGUGCUUUUUACAGAGUUCGGACUUUCUUCACACCAUAAAGGCUUUGAACCAAAACAGCGAGAUCUACUAUUCAAAUUUAUGUAUGACAAAAUAUACGACUCAGCUAGGAAAGGGGGAGCUGGUGCUGGAGCUAUGGUUUGGCAGUUUCUUGUGGAGGGCAUGGAAGAGUAUGGGGAUCAUUAUGCACUUGUUCCAUGGCAAUUCCAAUCAACAUAUACAUUGAUCAUGGAGCAAUCCUGUAGAUUGCUAACUCUGAGGGAAGGUGAAUUGGGAGGAAACCGAAGUUUACUUGCUGCAUGUUCCAAGUAGCUUGUAGCUGUAUAUUGAACCCCAGAGAAGAAGCAUCUUUUCUGGGUAUGAAAAAGCAGGAGCGGCGCAUUAUUUAUUCUUUUGGUCAAGAAUACUCAAUGGUAUGGUUAUUCUUUGCAAGACAUCCAAUCUGGUAACAGAUCUUCCAUUACAAGGUGUUGAAUAGAUAUUCUACUGAACCAAGUUAUUAGCUUCCUAACUUGGUACGUUUUGCUGUAUGGAUCUCUUUCAAAAUCGCUCAAUAGAGCUGCUGGUGAUCCUAUCUGUAAAUUUUAUUAUGUAACUUUAAUUCUUUGAAAUUCUUGCAAUGGUUUAUUUUCCAACUAAUUUAUUAGUAACCACUGGGACUCUUAUUACAAAGUUUCCUUGAUUAUAUGAGGUAUUUUUAUAAAGAUUAGCAUUUAAAGUA